CAGUCAUCACCACCGACAAAGCUAGUAAGAUCUAAAUUAUCUAAAAACUAAAACAAAAGAGAAAGAUCGUAGAAAUUUCGCGGGGUUUUCUUGAUCAUCUUCAGCUUCAGCUGAUCCUUUCUCUCUCUCUCUCUCUCUCUCUCUCACUUUCCCUCCUCUCAACCCAAAGUCUCUGUUUUUCGUUACCCAGAAAUCUAAAUCCAAGUCUCGGACAUCAAACAUCAAACCCAGAAACUGAGCGUUAAACCCAUUUUGUUGACAUCCUCACAUUUCUCAAUUGUCCGCCACUCUUACCCACCAAACCGCGAUUUCUUUCGCAAACUUCCCCGCCAUCCCUCUCUAUCCACCACUCUACCACCCAUGGACCCAGGAUGCUUCAAGCGGAAGCGGGAGCCAGAAUCCGAGGACCAAAACGAGCCUCGCAAGGUUCUCGUCGUCGAAGGCGCAAACGAAGACGUCCAAUCAAACUCAAUCCCAAGAAGCACCUCGUCAUCUUCUCAAUCUGGUUGGGACUACGACGUUUUCUUGAGUUUCAGAGGUGAAGAUACCCGCAAGAACUUCACUGAUCACCUUUACAGUGCCUUGAAGCGAGUCGGAAUUCAUACCUUCCGUGAUGAUGAGGGGCUUGAUAGAGGGGAGAUCAUCUCUAGUCAAUUACUCAAUGCGAUUCGGAGAUCAAGGAUUUUCAUUGUGGUUUUCUCUAAAGGCUAUGCUUCUUCUAGGUGGUGCCUUGAUGAACUUGCAGAGAUCGUGAACUGUAAGAACACCAUAGGCCACACUCUUCUUCCCGUAUUUUAUGACGUGGACCCCUCGGAUGUCCGAAAACAGACUAAAACUUUUGCAGAAGCCUUUAUUAGGCAUGAAAAGCGGUUUCAUACUGAUAUGAAAAGGGUGCAGAGAUGGAGGGAAGCUCUUACCGAAGCUGCAGAAUGUGCUGGCUGGAAUCUUGGAAAUGGGCAUGAAUCACAAUUCAUCGGCAAGAUUGUUAAACAAGUUUUGUGUAAGGUGAACAUCGCCCACUUGGAUGUCGCCAUACACCCAAUAGGAAUGCAUUCUCGUGUUGAACACAUAAAAGCUUUAUUAAAUCUUGAAACAAAUGACGUUCGCAUUAUGGGCUUCUAUGGGAUGGGUGGAAUAGGCAAAACAACCCUAGCAAAAGCUGUCUAUAACGAAAUAUGUCAUGGAUUUCAAGGAAGUAGCUUUCUAUUCAAUGUUAAAGAAAAAUCAAAAGAGUUCAAUGGUUUGAUUCAUUUACAAAAACAACUUCUUUAUGAUAUCUUGCACAAGAAGAAUUGGAAUGUUUCCAAUGUUGCUAGAGGGAUCACUUUGAUUAAGGAAAGAGUUCAAGGCAAAAAAGUUCUAGUUGUUCUUGAUGAUGUGGAUCACUUAGACCAAUUACACGCAUUAGGUGGAUUAAAUUUCAAAUUGUUUGGUCUGGGAAGUAGACUCAUUGUAACAACUAGAGAUAAACAAUUGCUAGAUCUACUUAAAGCAGAUGAAAAAUAUAAGGUUAUCGAAUUGAAUCAUUGUGAGUCUCUUCAACUUUUCAAGUUGCAUGCUCUCCCCAUGACCCAUCCAAUAAAAGAACACCUGGAGCUUUCAGUUAGUGUAGUGCAGUAUACUGGAGGCCUUCCCUUAGCUCUUGUAGUUUUGGGUUCUUCUUUAUGUGGAAAAAGUGUUGUCGAAUGGAUAAGCAAAUUGGAAAAAUUGCAAAAAAUUCUUGAUGGAGAGAUUAAAAAAAAACUGGAAACAAGCUUGGAUUCUCUCGAAUAUGAAACGAUGGUGAUAUUCCUCGAUAUUGCGUGUUUCUUUAUCGGUAUGGAGAAAGAAUAUGUCAUGCAAAUACUCCUUGCAUGUGAUUUCUAUGCAGAGUCUGGCCUUGGUAUCCUCAUUCAAAGAUCCCUAGUGACAAUUGAAGAUAAUAAGUUGAGAAUGCAUGAUCUUAUUCGAGAUAUGGGAAGGGGAAUUGUUUAUGCAGAAUCACCUCUUAAUCCAGGAAGACGAAGUAGGUUGUGGUUUCAUAAGGAUAUCGCAAAUGUACUACGCAAUAAUACGGGUUCGAAGAAAGUGGAGGGCCUCAUCUUAAAUCUCCCAGAACAUGAAGAUGUAGAUUGGGAAUCUAAAGCAUUUAAAAAAAUGAAAAAUUUGAGAUUACUUCAAAUCAAUGAUGUACAUCCUAAAGGAUCAUAUGAACAUCUCUUCAAAGCGCAGAAAUCACUGAAAUGGCUUUGUUGGCAUAAGUGUACAUUGAAAUCUCUCCCACAUGAUUUUCAUCUAGAGAACCUUGUUAUUCUUGACAUGCAGCGUAGCAAAGUCAAACAAGUUUGGAAGACGAAGAAAAUAUUCAACAAGUUGAAAGUCCUUAAUCUCAGCAAUUCCAAAUCUCUCAUUAGAUCACCAAACUUCUCACAAGUCCCACAACUUGAGACAUUAAUACUUAAUGGUUGCACACGCCUCAAGGAUCUUUCAAACUUCUCUAAAACCCCACAUCUAAAGAGUAUUAAUCUUGAAGGUUGUACAAGCUUGGUUAAGAUUCACAAGUCUAUUGGAUGUCAAACAGGACUCGUUUUGUUGAAUUUACAAGGAUGUAAGAACCUUAGGAAUCUUCCAAGUAGUAUUUCUAACUUAAAAUAUCUUAAAACUCUUGUCUUGACCAAAUGCUUUAGUCUUACGAAAGUACCAAAACAAUUGGGGAAUUUGAUGGCUAUAACGGAGUUGUGUAUGGAGAACACUGCCAUUGAGCGACUACCGUCCUCAUUCCACCAUUUGUGUAAUCUCAAAUCUUUAUCAUUUCGAGGAUGUGAACGUCUCAUCGAAUCCCCAAAGUUUGUACGAACCUCAUGUCUAAUGAGUCUGAAUCUUUCAGGUUGUACACGGUUGGUUGAGAUUGACGAGUCUGUUGGAUUUCUAAAAAGACUUUUUCGGCUGAAUUUAGAAAGGUGUAAGAAGCUUAAGAAUCUUCCAAGUAGUAUUUUUAACUUGAAAUCUCUUGAAGUUCUUAUCUUGAGGAAGUGCUAUAAGUUCGACAAGUUACCGGAGGAAUUGGGGAAUAUGACGGCUUUAAGUAUUCUGAUACUGGAGUACACUGCUAUUAAGCAACUGCCAUCCUCCUUUAAGCUUUUGAGGAAUCUCGCUUAUUUAAGUUGUUGUGGAUGUGAAUAUCUUAUCAAAUCACCAGAGUUAUUAGAAACCUCAGUUAUGCAGAUGAUGACAUUUGAAGAUUGUACAAGUUUGGUUGAGAUUCACGCGUCCAUUGGACAUUUAAAACGUCUUAUAGCACUUGAUUUAACAGGGUGCAAGAAGCUUAGGUGUCUUCCAAGUAGCAUUUAUAAUUUAAAAAGAUGUUCUCUUGAGUUGUCUAACUGCCCUGAACCUGACAAGUUACCGGAACAGUGCGGGAAUAUGAAGGAUUUAAAGGAGUUUGUUGCAAAUAGAAUUGCUGUUGACCCAUAUUAUUACUUUGGUGAUUUUAGCAAUCUCGUAUUUGAAAUAUUACCGAGAUGUGGAGGAGCAUCCCCAUCACGGAUAUCACCCAAUAGCUCCAACCGCAUGAGUUUGGUGCCUAUUUCUAAAUUACGUUCAUUGAUACAGCUAGAUCUCAGUAAUCGCAAUUUGUCUGAAAAUGAGUUUCGCAAUGAAUUUGAAUGUUUAACUUCACUUCAAAUGUUGAAAUUAUCAAGAAACAAUUUUCGUAACCCACCUAGUUUCAUCAGCUGCCUUCCUAACUUAUUAACAUUGGAUGUGAGUGAGUGUACUAGUCUUCAAUCAAUUGCACUUCCUGGAAGUGUAGUAGAAUUGACAGCAAAUGGCUGCACAUCAUUGGAAAGAAUCUCAAUUCUGACGAAUGAGAGUUCAAGAUCUGCAGACAUUAUUAAAAGUACCAGCAUGGAAAAACUAAAUCUCAUCCGUAAAAAUCGCAGCAGGGGCAGGCCAAAUUUUUUCCUUAAUAAUUGCUGCAAACUGGUUGAGAUUCAAAAUUUGGAGAGGUUGCAACGUCCACCCUUUACUUUUCAGAUGGGAAACUGCAACAAUCUGUCAUUGGAAUCUAUAAAUAGUGUUGUCCAGGUGAUGUGCCUCAGACAUGACAGUGGUUAUCGUUAUGAUUCUGGUUGUAUUUAUGGUGUCCUCCCCGGAAGUGAGAUUCCAAAUUGGAUUAGCCAUCAAGCAAUGGGUUCUUCAGUAUCUUUCCGUGUACCUCCGUUUUUGUUUGGCAGUAAAGUCAGCAAGGUGCUUUUAAGUAUUGUUUAUGCAACAAACAAGGAAUCACCGGCGUUGGGUGAUGGGAGGUUCAGUUGGAGAUUAUAUAAUAGGAGUUUUAGAGAUGAGUCCAAUCACAGGUGUUGGGUGGGAAGUUGUAACGCUAUAACAAGUGUACUAGAUUAUGAUGUCUUUGAAGAUCAUAUACUUACACGAGUGAUGGAGUGGCACGUAUUCUUACGGCACUUACUAAAUUUCAAGAUGAAAUGUGGGGAUGAAAUAGAGGUCGUCAUCUGUCCGCAACUUGUGGAAGUGAAGAGGUGUGGAAUUCAUUUUGUACUUGAUGGUGAUGAGCCAAGUGUUAGAGAUGGUGAUGAGAUCUCUGAAAUUGAAAGUGAGGAGGAUUCACGAUUGUAGCCAUCCCUCACCAAAUUCAGACCGCAAUUCCCCCCAAGUAUAUGACAGAAAGUCGUGGUUGUUAAAAAAGCGAAUUGGUGAAAUGCAUGAGAAACCAUUUCUUGCUAUCACUCAAUUUCCCUCGCAGACCGCAUCUAUCUGCCUUAAGCUGUUGCCACGCAUUCUUUCCUCACCUCCGCUCCAGCUCUUGACUCGUCCACUCAAAGAUCUAGCAUGGAACUCGAGUCUAGAGCCAAAAAAUUACAAAUGCCUUGUUCAUCUUCAAAAUCUCGUAUGGCGUGGUUCAAUGAUUCCAAUACUGAGAUUCCACUUUUCAUUUUUCACUCUCACAAUGACUUGGUUUAGAAGCCUAAUCCGAGUCUCCAGCAUCAAACCCGGAAACAGAGCACUGAACCCGUUUUCAGCACAUGAAGGGCCGCCACACCAAGCUCUACGAAUCGUAUGCGUGUCUCCUCAGAACCACAUGGUGUUCACGCCCCUCUUGGCCUCCACCUACGUGGGACCCAGGAGGCUGGAGUUCAGGUCCAUCGCCGAACCAACUAGUAUUAUCCAACCCGCCAUAUCUCUCGGGAACCCGGGUAUUACUUCUUCUUUUCCAAUUUUACGGGCAACGAUGGCGAUAUUCAUUUGGCAAACGAGAUAUUAUUUUCCUUUGAUGAUGGCCUCAGGCACUAUGCUACUAAACAGUUGACAAAGGUAAGAGAUACAUGAUUAAUGGGAAGAGCUUGUUUGUCUCUAUCUCAAAAAUGCCGUUGUCGACUGUGUGUUGCAUAUUCUCAAAUUGAAAGGUUGUCUAAUCUUCGUUGUGGAAGAUUAUGUUUAACUCUUUGGAAGUUCCAAAAUCUCCAGGUGGAAGGUUAGUUACUAGUUCUUUUUGGUUCAUGACAAUGCAUUUCUACAUCAUUCUCAGUCCCAUAUGAGGUCUCUCUAACCCUUUGGACAAUUGGCUGGGAAAUUCUGGAAAUCUUUUUGUAGUUGGUUAGGAAAGACAGUCUCAUGAUUUACUCAUUCAUGUUUCAUGGAAUUGCAUAUUAUUCUCCAUUACAACCCAUGAUUCACGCCAUGAUAUAUGGAAUGUGUUCCCUUCAUUUGCCUAUAUAUUGUUCUCUCUUGUAACAUUCAAAUCGUUGAAUAAAGAUGUAGUCAUUUGUGUUCUCUUCUUCUUCUCUUUACAAACUUUCUUCCUUUAGUCUGUAUUUUCAUUUGGUAUCAGAGCAAUAAAUUGACUAACGUCGUUCUAGUUUCUUUUCCGCUGUUUCUCUAAGUCAUUUCAUCAAGCACCUUAGCCGCAUCACAUAUGUUUGUUGAGUUACAGGUUGCAAGCUCACUCCUCCGCAUUUACCGCGCACCGACAUCAACCCUUGGUCAUUGCGGUUAAAUCUAACUAUCCAUUGUUGGUUUUGCAGGGAGAUUCGACCGUCCCUUGGAAAUUUGCAGCGUGAUCCGACUGCUUCUUGGUAUUUUACGUUGAGAUUCGUCUUCCCCUUGGUGUUUUUGUGGCGAGAUCCGACCGCCCCCGGUGGUUUAUGGAUUGGUGUUGAUGAGUGGUUACGCUUUCCUUCUGUGCAGGAUGUGUUUGCCACUGCUGAUUGCAGUGGGUUUCUUGAAAAUACUAGAAAACCAACCAUUCCAACUUUGGCUCAGGGGAAAUAUCUAUCACAUCGAUUAGAGCUGGUGGAGGUCAUGCCAAUGGAGCAAAUGACAUGGAACUGGGAGAUCCAUUUCUUUACAAGCAUCUAGGAAGCAUGGCAGCCAUUGGCUCUCGUAGAUCUUAGGUAGAGCAAGGAGUCUAUGCCUACAUUUCUUCUCCCUCCCUGUUCCUGAUUGUUGGAUGACUGGUUUGCGGAGUCUAUAUGCUAGUGCAGUUUGGCAAAUGACUUUGCCGCCAAAUCUCCAUGGUGUGAAUCCUGUCUACGAUGAAUACCCAUGAUUGUUUAUAGAACCAUGCAAGUGAAUUCUUUUCGUUCCACUUCAGAGCUCCAACACCUGAGAUUUUGGGGAGAGCAUUUUCAGAGAGGACAGCCAUUGAUUGGACUGGUGAACCGGCAUUGCAGACUGCAUAACCUUAACUGAUACAUGUUUUUGUAUUAUGUGUUUGGUUUUUCGGUAAACAACAAGUAUGAAUUAAUUAAUUUUGCUAGAGAAAUGAACUACUAGCCUUUAUGGAUGACAAAUUGAAAUAAUUUCCCUAGCAGAAAAUCCAA